AUGGUACAGUUACAUUUGGUAUCUAGGCACGCAUCGAGAUAUCCAGAACCAGAUAGGAUUAAUGCUUUUGAAAAAUUGGAGAAAAUAUUUGCUAAUGUUUCGGUUGCAAAAGAAUGGUAUAAAAAUCCUUUCCCCAUGAGGAAAAAUUUGCAAUUGAUCGAACGAGGGGAAAUGGAAGCUUAUUUUGAUGGUUUACAAUGCCGUAAAAGAUACGCAAAAUUUUGGGAUGGGGUUGAAUAUGAUCCCGAAGUUAUAAAGUUUCAAAGUACUGAAAAUUCAAGAACCGGUGCGUCAAUGAUGGCUUUUUCUCAAGGUUUAUUCAAUGGCAAGGGGCCUUUAGACACUUGUAAAAGCCAACCUAUAUAUUAUUUUAAUAUACCUACGCAACAAGAUUACAUAUUACGUAUGCAUUACGCUUGUAGACUUUUUAACGAGACAGUUCUUACCAACAAUAAAUUACUUGACGAGCAACCUUAUGCUUAUGGUAACAAGACUUUAAAACAAAUUGCCAAGCGACUUUCGGAAACAUAUCAUAUCAGUCCACCUCUUGAUCCAUAUCUAGUAACACAAAUCUUUAAUAAUUGCCAAUUUUGGUUCACUGUUUUUAAUCGAACCGAUGCGUGGUGUUCAUUGUUAAGUCCCAAAGAACUUUUAUUGACACGAUAUUAUUACGAUCUACUUUCUUAUUAUCAAUAUUCAUACGGUCAUCCUUUCAAUACGCGAUUGGCAUGUCGUUAUCUUACUCAGCUUGUAGAUGGAGUUGAAAAUUAUCUAAAUGGUAAUUCUAGUAUGAUAGCAGAUCUAAAAAAUAGUCAUAGUUUUACUUUAGUUUUAAUUCUUAUCGAAUUGGGAGUAUUUAAAGACAAAUUCCCACUAACGGCAGAUUUAACCUUUGAACAAAUUAAAAGUGUCAAAUAUACAGAAUAUACACUUAUAAACUGGUCUUCAACGCUUUAUUUCGAAAUUUAUAAGUGUUCCGAUGAUCGCGUGUUGGUACGAGUGUUGCUCGAUUUUAAACCGUUUUUGCUGCCGGGUUGUGAUAGUGAAUAUUGCGAAUGGGACAAAUUUAAAGAGAUUCUUGGUGAUAAUAUUGGAUGUGAUUUUGAAAAGAUGUGCGAUUAUCCUUGA